AAAGAAUUCAGAACUCAAACGUGUGAAUGAAACAAAACACAACUCCAGGUAUAGAAAGAACAAAAAUGUGGCUGUUUGCUGCAGGUAUUCCAAUCAGUGGGAGCAGGUAGAGGGUGCUCUUGGAAAAACUUAAAACACAACGGACUCCAGGCACUCCAAAGUAAAAAUCACACAAGGAAAAAUAUAGUUAAAGUCCCUUUAUUUAAAUGGCCAAAACUCCAACUCCAGGUAUGUUUUUGAUGAGGUCACAGCAUUAUAACAAUUCAGUGUCAAUUCAGUGUAAUAUAAGACCUUUAAUAUAAAAAAUAAAAAAUAUUAACAUAUGAAAAUAAAUAUAAUAGUUGGUAAUGAACGCUUCACUUGUAACACCAUUUUUACUAGCAAUAUUUCAGAAUCAGAAUUUAUUUGUCAUUUGAAUAGAAAAAACACAGAAAAAAAACAUUGUAUGCACAUCCAGAUUAUCAGCAGCAUAAAAAAAAAAAAAAAAAAAAAACUACAAUAAAUAAUUUCAAAUAUUGCACAUCAAGUGCAGUCUUUAAAACAACCCCCACAAGUGCUUCUAAGUUAGUGCUAUAUUUUCUAACGUGCACUGUGACAUGUUUCUCAGUGUGCAGGGGUCAGGGCUGGUCGGUGGACAUGCCCGCAGAGGUGGUGGGUCUGAGCGGCUCCUGUGUGCUCCUCCCCUGCUCCUUCACCACACCCCCAGAGCAUGAGCCCCACCUGGACCCAACGUGUAGGGCCGUGUGGAGGAGAGGGAGCUGGAGCCGUACUCUGGUCUAUGACUCCGGGGCCAGUGCCGACGCCAAUGUGGUCCAGGGGAAUCUAACUGGCAACCUGCAGAGUAAAGACUGCACCACGGUCUUCUACGGUCUGCCCCCACAGCACUACGAUCACUACUACUUCAGACUAGAAUGUGAGCAGCUCAAGUACAACUUCCCGGGGAGUGUGCUCAUCCGGAUUCAAGAUGCCCUACCCAGACCUACCCUAACGCCAUCCAGCCUGGAAGUAUUGGAGGGAUCUAUGGUCACUCUGAACUGCACAGCGGUGGCCCCAUGUCCCUCUGAGGCUCCCGUAGUGGGGUGGAGCCCAGCCAUAGGAGAAGGGGUGGAGGUGAUGGAGGGGGGAUUUGUGUCAUCUGUUUUGAACUUCUCUUCCUCUCAUCUCCAUAAUGGGCUCACGGUUUCCUGCAGCGCCCUCUACAGUCAACCCGCUGUCAACGUUGAGCUGCUGUACGAGAACAGUCUGACUCUGCACGUGCGCUACCCUCCUAAGAACACGUCAGUGCUCAGUCCUGGUCCUGUGAGGGAGGGCAGCCCUGUCACUCUGAGCUGUGUGUCUGAGGCUAACCCGCCCGUGGACUUGUUCUCCUGGUACGCGCUGGAUGGAGAUCAGGUCACAGCGGUGGGCUCCACACAGAACUACUCCACCACUGCCUCGGAGACUCAAAGACAGUUCUUCUGCCAUGUCCGCAACAAACACGGCCACCAGAACUCCUCCAUCACUCAGCUGGAUGUGCACUUUCCUCCUAAGAACACCUCUGUAACGAUUGACCCUCCUGGAGCAUUGGUGGAGGGCACUUCAGUGUCUCUGCUCUGUGUGACCCGUUCCAACCCUCCGGUGCUCGCCUUCACCUGGUACAGAGAGGGGCAGGAGCAGACCGAGGUGAGGGGGGCCGUCCUGGUCCUGGAAACAGCCGAUCACAGCCACAGUGGGUCCUACCACUGUGAGGCCAGGAACCAGCUGGGACAGGAGCGGUCGCACACGGUUCUGCUGGACAUUCAGUACCCCCCUCGGAGGACUGUGGUGUCUAGCUCCCCCUCUGGUCCGGUGGAGGAUGGCAGCCCGGUGACACUCUCCUGUUCCACGGAUGCUAACCCCUCCACGGUGGACUUCAGCUGGUACAGAGUGACUGGGCGCCUCAGGGCUUUAGUGGGACAUGGAGCAGAGUACAGGCUCAACGUGACCAAGCUGUCCCAGGACCAGUACUACUGUGGGGCUCUCAACGUCCAUGGGGUGGAGUUCUCCCAGACUGUACGCAUCAAUGUCACAUUUGCCCCACAGAUCCUGCCCUCCUCUCACUGCGUGAAAACCCUGCUCCAAAUCCACUGUACGUGUGACAGUCAGGGGAACCCGGGGCCCUGGCUGCAGUGGGAGGUGUCCGGGGAGAGGGUGAACAACUCGGCCCUCACCCCCAUCACCCAGGGGCCCCUGAGCACUGUCCGUGUGAGGAGCACCAUCACCCUGCAUGCUCUGGACCAGGACAUGCCCUCUCUGGUCUGCAACAGUGGGAACCAGCUCGGGUCAGACAGUCUGGUCUUCAACGUGUCCUUGAGUCAUGUACAACUAGGCCUCCAUACCUUGUCUCUUCUUAUUGGUUCUGCAGCUGGAGCACUGGGGAUGUUUGUGCUCUGUCUUCCACUUCUGCUCUUCUUUUGCAGGAAAAGUAAAAACAGUCAUUUGCCUUACAAGAAAGUACAAGAAUCAUCAGACACUGUUACUGGAAAUGAGGUCAACUGUAGCAAAGUGCUUCUGAACCAUAUGAAUGGAACUGUGACAGACCCACAAUCAGAGAAUUUAGAGGAGGUGGGCCCAGUCUGUCACAGUAGUGCACAAGACGUGGAUAAGAUGAGAGAAGAUACUCCUCUACACAUGAGCAAUGGAAGACUGGAAGGGAAUGGACAUAUCAGAUCAGACAGGUCUUCUAUUGUAAUUAAAGAGGUCAAUGAUGUUAACGGGCAGCUCAGUGACAAGAUUUUGGAAAACAAUGCAUAAUAUUGUAAACAAAAACAAAAUGCAUUAUUACUUGGUUGAAAGAAAGUUUUCUGUAUAUAUAUUUAAGCCUACUCUAGACUACUUAGGCUUGCAAAAAUUAGUUCAGUUCUUUUUGACAGGCUAGAGUAUGGCAUGCUUUCUUCAGAAGGGUCAUGUGAUGUUAUGGUGACGUGUCUUACAGCUGAUUUACACAGAUUUCUCAUUUCUGGAUCUCAAUAACCUCCUUAAUCCACAGUUUGUAUUUAUCAUCCUCCAUCCCGGACUAUAAGUCGCUGUGGAGUAUAAGUUACACCAGCCAAAAAAUGCGUAAUGAAGCAGAAACCAGGAACCGACAUUUCAUCUUGAAAGGCAAGUCCUAGUAAUAACAAUAGAACAGAGAACAACAGACUGUUAAUGUCACAUAUGAACAGUUAUUCAGAUAAACUAUAACAUAAACAACAGAACCUAACAAGUUUACCAAACUCUCCAUCUCACUCCAAAUCACUAAAUCCAUUGAAUUCUUCAUCCUCUGUGUCAUCUCUGAGCAACUCUGCGACCUCUGGAGAUAAACAGAG